CGAGUCCUCCUAUUGAGAGCCCCGCAUGAUGUCCGAGUCGCCUCCUCUACCGGACGGGAGCAAUGACUGUGUCAGCCCGAGCACGGUCUCGUCUUUGAAGAGCGGCCCCUCCGCCUGCCAUACAUGCCUUUCCGUCUACGAGCUAUUUGACAUGAUCGUUCGAGAGGUCUACGGCGAAGGGGAAGGCAAGGGUACUGUGGCCAGCCUGGCAGCCACGAGUAAGGCGUUCCAUGGCGGUGCCAUUCCGAUACUAUGGGAGAAACUGGAAACCUUGAAUCCGCUGCUAGAAGUCAUCCCUAUGGAUGUCUGGAUGCAAGCUUUGCAGAAUACAGAUCCAGCUUCGGUCCCGCAACAAAUUGCCUACCCCCACGAUUCUCCCAUACGCCGUGCGAUGUGGUACGGCCAACACAUUAAGCGCAUCUCGUGGUCCGAAGACCCCGAAAGUGUAAACCAGGAGAUCUAUGCCGUCGGGUCAUUGACGUGUCUUCCACCUACGCUCAAGCUACUGCGGAACCUGCGUUCCUUCUCCUGGACCGAGCGUCGGCCUUCCGUGGCCAGGUUUCUCCACCCAGACCUCUUUGUGAAUCCUUCCUUGCAGGAGCUGUCGCUGGACACGGUGCUCACCGAGGAAGCUCCGUUGUGUAGCGUCCUGGACGCCGUCAGGGAGACGUGUCCGCAGCUGAGGCGACUCCGGCUCGCGGGGGAUUCGAGCGAGCCGCUACAUGUCGCGGUAGGCGCGGCACUUGCCGACCUUGUCCGUGCGACAGAACUCAUCGAUCUCAGCUGUACAAGCCCGCUCUUCGACGAUGUCCUGCUUGCGAUCGUCGAGUCGACCUCGCUGCAACACGUUGACGUCAAAGUGAACUGGUACACGCUGGACAACAUGGUCGUGUCGGCCCUCCCUUCUGCUUGUCUUGUUUCCGUGCGCACUCUGACCCUGCGCUUCGAGGCCCUGAGUCUGUCGUCCCUCGCGCUUUUGGAGAUUAUUGGUUCGUCCGUUCUCUUCAGCCUGGCGAUACACGUCAACGCAGAGGUCUUCGACAACGAUCUGCUCACAAAACAUCUCGCCGCACUAACGCAAGCGCCGUUCGCGGCGACCCUUCGCAAAAUCGAGAUCCAUGCUUGGCGCAUGGAUUCCGAAGAAGACGGGGACUGUCCAAGCAUCACGUUCAAGACGCUUGAGCCCUUGCUCGAGCUCAAGAAACUCACGCACUUCGUGGUUUACGCCAAAAGCUUCGCCAUGAGCGCAUGCGAUGUCCGGGCGAUCGCCCUCGCCUUCCCGGAUAUCCAGACUCUGGAGUUCAUGGCAGCCGCAUUUGCGGGAGGAGAGCCACCCGUCGGGGCCCUCCAGCACCUCGUGGAGCUCUGCCCCGACUUGACGCUACUAACGAUGCCCGUCACCGCUGCAUUCGGCGUCCCCUACGUUGAGCCAGGCUGGAAGCCCCGGUCCCGUGUCACGACGUACGCGAUUGCCACUCCCGCGGAGGAUGCAGGCGACCCACGGGUCUUCGCAUACCUUUCCGCUCUCUUUCCGUAUGUUCCUCCGGACACGAUCACCGACGCGGAGGAGGUAUCGGAGGACGAGAAAUAUGCGUACGCGGAGUAUUUGGAGCAGACGCGGCCUCCAGGUGAGCCCGUAGCGACUGCUUGUAGCCGUUCCGAGUCUUGGGCCCAGAUCAUUGCACAUUAGAUGUCCAACAUUUUUAUCGGCUGUUUAUGCGCUCUCUCUUGCUUCAUAGUGUACCAUCAGCGGAGGAAUUGUAUUCAGGUCACGACAUAUGCCUCGAUAGAG